AUGUGGCAACGUGGGGUGUUGUGGCCUGAGGGAUGGGUGUUUUGGUUCAAUGCAGUGGAGAAUAAGUCCUACCUCUGGGGAACGCAACCGUGGCAUUGGUAUAUCACCAAUGCUACUAUACGGGUACAACUCGAUACUGAUCGAUUACGACGACAAUCGUCAGGGGCUUGGACCACUACUUUUGUUAAUACCACUAGCAAUACGCAUCGUACCGCUUUUUAUGGUAUGGUAUGUGGCACCGAUAAUGAUGAUGUCUCUAAUACCACAUAAGGAGAUAAGGUUUAUUUUCCCUAGCCUCUUGGCACUGACAAUAGUGGCGGCUUGUGGAGCUCAUCGGUGGGACGAUGAUUAUCAUCAUAAUCGAUCAUCGGGGCGAGCGCGGUUGUCAUUAA